AUACAAACGCCAAAGUUUAUCAAAAUAUUCAAUUGACAAUUGGUCCUGAUCAAUUUCCUUCCUUUAUACUCAACUUUGAAUCAUUUCAAGAUGCCUACUUAUCCGUUAACACCGGAAAUGUUUCCUUCCGAAACAUCUUUGGUGGAACAAAAAACAGCCCAGAAAACCAAAGAAAAAUUUUCGAAAGACGAAAAAUGGACAUCUUACGCGGAAUUUGUCGCAUUUUGUAUUGGAAAACAUUCAACUUUGGUUAUUUUCGUCCAUUUUCAAAAACUGAACUUUGUACAAGAUUUGAUUAUAUAUUUCCUCGUUGGAAUACCAAUAAGCUACGUACAGUUAAUCCUGGGACAAUACACAAACAUUGGAAUAUUUUUAAUCAGACGAAUGUUACCUGUGGCACAAGGAAUCAGCUACACUUACUUCUUAACAAUAUUUACACUGACGAUUAUUAUAGUCACCGAGAUGGAAACUAAUUUAGUUUAUUUGAUUCUUGCACUGUCUCCAUCCGAAGAUGUGUGGAAUUUAUGCCCACCAAAAUAUAAAAAUGUCUGUUGGGACUUUAAAGUGAAUUGUACGGUAGAAAAACCUUGUAUGGAUGCAAACAAAUUGUUACCAACGUAUAUAUUUUGGAAUCAAACAUACAUGGGAGGUGCUUAUCCAAUGCACAAAGCAACAUUUGGAGCUCCAGAUUAUCGAAAAACACUGGUUACAUUCAUCAGCUGGAUGUGCAUUUAUUUCUUGACAAGUGUCAAGUUUCAAAGCGUCAAAAAGAGUGUGCAAAUUCUUGUUAUCAUCUCCGUUAUUGCAAAAUUAAUGUUUUACUUUCAAUACUCGCAUGCUUUGGGAUUUUACAAAUUAUUAGCUGAAGUGAUCAUCAUUAAUCCGGAUACUUGGCUUGAUAGUGGUGCUUGGAUUGGAAGUAUUUCGCGAGUUAUCAGUUCUAUGAUGCUUGGUGACUUUACUUAUAUUAUGUUUGGGGUUUUUGCUUCCUUCAAAGCAAAAACAGGCUCGUUGAGCUUUAUUGGAGCUAUUAGUGGUUAUUGGAUACUUUUUCUAGAAAUUAUUCUUCUCAAAGGUGCUGUGUUGACGUUGAUUGAAUAUUCUAAAAUUGAUCCAGAGAAUGUGAAUUGGUUUUUUAAGAAACACGCUCCAUUUUCUUUAAUUAUAUCACCUGCAUCACUGGGACUUUUAAAAAAGUCACAAGCAUGGGUAAUUUUAUACUUUUUUACAAAUAUUAUUACUUAUUUAGUUUGGUGUGUGAUUAAUAUAACAUUCAUGCAACAAUCACUUUAUCAACGCUUUGCUGGAAUGCAAUCGUAUUACAAAUACGUUUGUCCUAUUUUUUGUCUUGUGGGUUUCAUUUUUGGAAUGUUAGUUCAAACAAAAGAAAUAUAUGAAAUCCGUUUUGAUUUGACCAUGGCAAUCGACUCGUUCUGUCAACAUUUGAAUCUAAUCCUGCUGACAGUGAUGGUUGUUUAUAUUUACGGAUUUAAACGACUAGGGGAUGAUAUUCAGUUUAUGACUGGCAAACAACCAGCUGUGUUUUGGAAGAUAACUUGGGUUGUAUCACCUGUUUUAAUGAUGCUUACAACACCAAUCGAAUAUUUUUACAAGUCACAUCCAUUUUUUAUGAUACGUCUUGUCACAAUUAUGAUUGUUUUCUCGCCUGUUAUUCUUUAUGGGACUAUAAUAACCAUGAGAAAAAUAUAUUUCCGGGAUAUCCUGGGGCUUUUUAAAUCGGAUCCAUUGUGGGGUCCCAAGAAUGAAUUACUACGGCGUCGGAGAAACGGAUUUAAUCCUCGAAAACAAAGCAAAUAUAAAAGAUACUAUCAAACAUGUGCACACCAAUGUUUGUUCCGCAAUGAGGCAUACGCUCAAGUAAUACGUGCUGAAAACGAAUAUGAUCACAAAAUUAUUGGACUUGCGAUUCCUUCAGAACCACGAGCAACGUCUGAUAGCAAACAUGAAGGAGACCUGCAACGAUCGCACGUUCACAUUAUUUAAUCGUGUACCUGCCAAUAUUAUUUUUUUAUUUUUAUCUUGUAUAAACAAUCAUAUAUAAUAUUUAUUUCCAUAUUGAAUCAGUGUUAUGUUACGAUAUAUAUUAUAUGAAAUUAUUGACGUGUUUCGCUUAAUUGACAUUUUUUUGUUUUUCUUCUGUUUCCCUCCCAUUCCAAAGCCAAUUAGACGAAGCAUGUCAAUAAUAAGAUUAUAUCGUAACACAACACCGAUUUAAUAUGAAAAUGAACAUGCAUAUUAUGAAAUAAAACUAUGUUUUCCUCAUAAAUCAUAACAAUAAUAAAUAAUUGCCCAGUU